UCAGGGCUGAUAUUUCACGGUCCCUCUGGUCCUCUGGUUGCUCCUCUGGGAUCUUCAGUGGUUUUGCCCUGUUAUGUUGAUGAACUCUUAUCAAUGGAGGAUCUGGAGGUGGAAUGGAGAAGAGCAGGCUCAGAGACUCUGGUUCAUCUGUAUCAAGAUGGUGAGAGUCGACCAGAGUCCCAGCAGCAGGAUUAUCAUGAUAGAGCUCAUUUCUUUACUGAUCAGAUUCAACAUGGAAACUUCUCCCUCCGUCUGGACAAUCUGACAGCUGAAGAUGAGGGAAAAUACACCUGUAAAGUUCACAGUCAAAAUGAUUCUGGAGAAACUGUGGUUCAAAUAAAGCAUGCGCGUUUGCUAGUAUCAGGAUCAAAUGUGUCUAUAUCUGCGUCUGUUGGUGAGGACGUCACUCUGAACUGCUCUGUGGACUCUCACAUCACACCUGAACACAUUGAAGAGGUUUCAUGGAAGAAAACAGAUGAAGAUGAAGAUAUUCUAGUUCUUCUGUACCAAAACAAUCAGACUUUAUCAGAUUCAUCACAUGAGAGAUACAGAGACAGAGUCGAGUUCUUCACUGCAGAAAUCCCCAAAGGAAACUUCUCUCUCAGACUGAAGAGUGUCAGAACGGAGGAUAAAGGAGUUUACAUGUGUAAAGUGUUUUCUGGUGGACUUUCAGCCAAUGCAACUGUAGAACUGGAAAGACUGGGUUUCUCUGUUUCACACAUAAUGGUGUUGAUUCUCUGUAUUUUGGCUUCUGGUUCAGCACUUCUGCUCUGUUUUAUUAUCUACUGCAGAACACCUAUUAAAGGUAAGUGUGUAACAAAAAUAAUAUUUAAAUGAAUAUUAGGCUACUCAAAGAUAGAAAAAAAAUCACUGAUAGUUAAUGUAAUCCCAUAACUUUAAAUAAGCCAGAUGUUACUAUAUAAAGAGGAUCUAAAGAAAGUUGUAUUAGAUAUUAUUUUACACACCUGAAAAGACACUAGUAUCACAAAACAGUUGAUCAUCUGAAGAUAUCUGUAAAUGCAGCUCCCUUGUUUUUUGUUGGCUGCCGUCCAGUGCUACGUCGUUUAAUUAGAAAAUGCAUUUGUGCCCAUUUGUGCCCCCAUGGGCGUGCUGGUCUAAAAAAGAGGUGUGUUCAGGCACACUGUUGGCAUAUUGCUAUUUUAAGGAGCUGAAAAUAGACUGU